GUCCGGGAGGUAGACUUUUGGGACGGUGUCAUAACUGUACACGGUGUCUCUCCACUUUAACAACUUUCAAUGGAGACCACUAGGAGUUUGGACCACUUUUAUUCCGGGCUUUUUGUAGUAUUUCUUCUCUGUGAUCGUUGAUGAUUUUGAUAAACAAUUCAUUUUCUCUCGGUGUUCUCAGGAGGAUCGUAUCUAAUUUCUUACAGUGCAGCGGAGUCACUGAACUCAGGGGAAUGCCUGUGUUUCUCCUUUUUACAGCGUUUAUAAACACCGACUGUAGAAAGUAAGUUCAUGUGUCAGUUAGGGGAUUCGCUUUGGUUUUGGGACCAGUAUAACUACCAAGCUAUAAACGAAGUAAGUCAACGGUCCAUUUACUUUGGUUAAUAAUUAGAUAGAGCGGUGUUCUGAAUUUAACAACUUCUUUGAGGUUUAUUUUUUCGCAACUCCUUGGUUGUAAAGAAUAUUACCCAACUUUUUGGCACUGCUUUAUCUGUCAACAUGCCUUAUAACUUUCCGGCGGCAACCUGUAACCAAGCCUUUGAAGUUCAACUUGUCGGUUUUUUGUGGAAUUAUCCAGACAUCUCUGCGCCCACAGGAUGUGCUUUAUCUUCUCACGCUGUUUGGCAACUCACAAACUGUGAUUGUAAGGUACAGUGACUAGUGUGCACUGUAAUAUUAAUAAUAGUUUGGAUACAGAUGAAUAUUGAUACAGUGUUAACUGGACCUGCCGUUCUUUGGGGAGAGGAUACAACAGCUGAACCGUAACACAAACACGCUACAAAAGAAGACACUUGUGUAUAUCGUGAAGCUCGGGCUCCUGGACAACUAAUGCACACUUCAAGCUCUAACACGACACAGCGUGUCUUCAUGGUGCCUUUGAGCAUGCAGUGUUUCGCCACCCACAUUAAUGACACUGGAUAAAAGUUUCAAGCUCAAGCUCAUUGUAUCUCGGAAGAUAUUCUUUGUGGGUACUGCAUUUCUCUAACGUGUAGAGUUUGAAUAUUAACUCUGGUGCUGAAUGGAAGUUUUAGGACAUUCACGCAUGAGUUAUGAUGGCAGUCCUCCAGCUCUAAAAGUUUGGUUUGUAUUUGUUUAGUCAUCGACGCGGAGAGAAGAAGUGGAGGACGUAUACAUAUAUACACAUUUUCUCCGUUUUUCUACCCGCGGCGCUUGCCUGCUUUGAAGUCCACCAUGUGCGGCCGGGCACCGCCGCUACAGCCGAGGCCAUGACCGUCCCCCAGCGGCGCCUGGCCGGGCUCUGGCCGUGGCUGCUCAUGGCGGCCCUGCAGGUGGUGCUGGGCCAGCCGGGCCUGGAGUCCGAGCGGCCGGCACUGCGAGCGGUCAUCAAGGUGUCACUGCUGAAUCAAGACUCAACGGGGAAGCCCAUCACUCUGCAAGGGGAGUUCGUGCGAGGAAGUGCCGGCUCCGCGGAGGGAAAACUAAUGCAGUAUCACCCUCUGUCUCUGUGCAACACAAGUGAAGAUGAACGACAGGAGAGUGACUUCAUCACCAUUGUCAAACUGGAGCACAGGGUACCCCGCUGUCUGCCGCUGCUCGAUAAGGCUCGUAUGGCAUUGGACAAAGGAGCUCGGGCUGUGAUCUUUGAUGUUAGUGAUGAUGCCAAUGCUGCUGCCGAGCUGAGAGAAACAGACUCCCUCCCCGGUCCCGUGGUGCUCGUGAACGCGGAGAAUGCUGAGGAGUUGAUGGGUUUGGUCAACAAGAACGAGGAGGCCAAAGUUACUAUUGAGAUCCUGGUGGAGCCGCCCAGAUGGCCACAUUACGAUGUUGGUAUCAUGCUCACCAUUGUCCUCGCGAUUCUGACCAUCGUCCUAAUCUUCGCUUUCCGCUACAAGUGCAAGUCCAACCGGACCUGGGACUCUGUCCAUCAGCAGACCAUGCGUGCCAUCAGUCGCCUGGAGACCAAGACGUACAGCUCGCAGGGCUGCUCAGGCUCCCAGCGGCACCGCGCAGCCUGGGGCUCAGCCAGCAGCUCCAACUCCAGCCCCGUCUGUGCCAUCUGCCUGGAUGACUUUGUGGACGGACAGCAUCUGAGGAUCAUCUCCUGCGCUCACGAGUUCCACAAAGACUGCGUCGACCCCUGGCUGCUGCAGCACCGCACCUGUCCCCUCUGCAUGCAUAACAUCAUGGGGACGGAGCGGCAGCCCCAGAGGAACAGCCGACAGAGUCAGGAGCAGAGCCAGAGCUUCCUGCACCCUCAGUCCUACAGCAGCCCACACAACCACCCCUUCCCCCAGCACGCCAUUCCUUUCUCUAUGAGGCCCCACUAUCCUCGGGGGCCUUCAGGACCGUACCCCUCUCUGGGCCACUACCCUGGCUCUUCUCCCGUAGACGCCCAGACGCUACGCUUCCUCAGCAGCAGGCCGCUCCCUUCCAGCUGUGGAUACCACCUUCCUGCGGAGGGUCCCGGGAGGCCCCACAGGAUUAGUGGUAACUGCAGGACUUCCACUCACCACUACACCCCCCGCCGGUCCUGCCACAACAACUACCGUUCCUCCUGCCCUGCACAGCGCAGCGCGUCCAGCUCCAGACUGCAGCACACAGCCUCCUCCACGCCGCAGCCCCGUGGAGCGCCUCCCCACAGCCGGCAGGACGACGGCAGCUGCUCGGGGGGGAGCUACCACACAGAACGCAGCGGGUACUUGGCUGAUGGGCCAGCAAGUGACUCCAGUUCGGGGCCAUGUCAUGGCUCCUCCAGCGACUCGGUCCUCAACUGUACGGACGUUUCCCUGCAGGGGGUUUAUGGCAGCUGGUCCACCUUCCGCAGCUCUCUAAGCAGUGACUACGAUCCGUUUGUGUAUUACGGGCCUGGUCCUGGGCGCGGGCCCCGCAGGAGCAGCCUAGAGGAAGGCGCCCAGGCCCGGCCCAGGUCUCUGGAUUCUGUAGUGAACAAAGCGGGCUGCCCCGAGGAGCAGCCGCAGACUGUGUUCAGCCACAUCCACUACCACCGCCACAGACACCACCACUACGAGGAGGGGGAGCACAGCCAGGGCCCAAGUAGAGGCUCGGACGAGGAGCAGGGGGCCCCCGCUGAUGCAUCUGCUUCUGCUGCUCCUGUCCUGGACAAAGACUCGCCUGUGUGCCCCCCUAAGCACAGCCCCUGCCAGUGCCCGAAGCCAGAGCCCACAGACCGGUCCAGUCCCGGGGCGGAGUGUCAGGAUCCUAGCAGCCUCACAGGGCCUCCAGUCCUGGUCGCCCCGAUCCCCUUACAGCUCCAGCCCCACUGCUGCCACCAGGGACACGGACACCCUCCCGCUCCACUUGGGCGAGUGGGGGGCUGCGUGCACGACGGCCCCUCCGUUCGCUUCCACCAGAGCCUGGAUCUGCAGGACGACCGCAGCAUUCACAUCCACUACGGUCAGGGGCCCGGUUUCUGCUGCUCUCCUCCUGAGCUGCACCCCGCCUUGCUCCCCGUGCCCCUUAUUCUGGACUCUGGGGGUAUGGAGGAGUGGCCCUGCUAUGCUGGGGCCCAUGUUGUGUGGCAAAAGCGGGUGCAGCAGGCGCGCUCAGAGCCUCAGCUCUUGGGGCCCGGGGCCUCUAUGGAUAGGCCUCCCUGCAGGUUCCACCACAGUCCUGCUGCUGACUGUAACACAGACAUUUGUUUGUACUGCCAAACUUUACACCACAAUCAGGGAUCAGAAGAGGAGUCCGGUGUGUGAGAACUUGUUGCAUCCCCGAUUAUCAAGCUGCUACCCAGGAGCCAGAAUGGACAAGCCUCUCAUUGGCUAUCGCACUCAUGUCUUCCACAUAAUUCCACCAGCAAUUCCCCCCAGGAUUCAGAACCCACACACUGAAACGCUCUUUCGCCUGAGUUGGAUUGAAAUUAUUAGAAUUGAAUCAUGCUAAAACUUAAAAAAAGAAUUUAUAAAGUGAAGACCCUUCAUAAUGUUGAAAAUACAUUGAAUUAUUAAAAUGUUUGGGAGCUGCUGGAGAAACGACUCAUACGCCACAAAGAGACAAAACGUGUUUUUCUGCAUUUCUCCUCUUCAGAUAUAUAGGAAUAAUAUUCAUUUUGGAUAUGAUAUCCUUGCUUGGGGUGUUGAGCCCUCAUGAAGUGACUCCAUCUCUGCAUCACUCACUCUCAAGCAAAAGUAACUUGAUUUAUCUUAGAGGUACUAUCUUUCACUCUCGUGAUCUGCGUCUUCCUUCGCUGAGUCCCGUCUCAGCUGAGAGAAGCUUUUCUCUCCAGCCUACCUCAGCUCAGAAUUCUUAACAUGCCUCACACAGGGGCUCUUUAAAGGUACUGCUGUAGUGAUUCUUUUUUAUGUCACAACCAUGUAGCUCCCAUAAACUCAACAAAAGGUUUUCGUCUUGGCAGUCUGACCUGUCCAAAAUGGAGAGAGAUGCUCAGCCCCUCAAACAGCGAGCGUUCACUGAGGUAGCUGAGCCUUGCCUGGGCCUUUUUUCAUUAUUUCAAUAAUGGCAGCUGUUUUUUUGUGUUUUGGAUCAUUUUCUGUUUUGUUUUUUUUGUAGUCUGUAAUUAUUAUUUUUUAUCCUCUCAAAAUGAACCGGUUUGACUGAAUUUUCCCGUUGUCAUUACAAGCUAGUGUAAACUUGUUCUCGUCAUUUCUCUUGCCAGUGGUGUCUUCACAUGUUUGGUGCUGUUAAACCUCCCGAUCAGUGUAAGUGUACAGGCCAUAAUUACAACCAUAUCCUCUGCUGCUUUAACGCCUCAUUCAUCGCUGUGUUGUGUAGGCUGAACCCGCCCGUUGUCUUCCAGGAACUCAAGCUCAAGGAAAAUGUCCUUCAUUGCCGCUAUAGUAAAGAGAAAGUGACUUUUUAAUGAAAUAACCAGAGUAAAGCCAUGUCACCUAACAGUCCCACAAUCCUUAGUCAGUUGCCGUAGCAACAGUUUAAUGAAAGCUUGGUUAGUUUUCCCCUGCAAUUUACAUUUUGACACUGAGUGAAGUUCUUAGUUGUUUUAUCUCCUGUGUUUAUGAUUAAGGGUUCAUCUAUUACGAUAUAUAAUGAUCAGGAUAAUCAGCUGUUGUUGUCAAAAUGAGUAUUACAAUAGCAAACAGGUAUAACAAAUAAACCUAGAAUUAUACUGGCAAAUAUUUAUUUGAUUUGUAUCCAAUCUUCUCCCCUAAUUCACAGAUUAAACCUUAUUUUACCAAUACAUACUAACUGUGAUAUAUACAUGUAAAUAACAAUUAUAAUAAUAUAAUUUAACAUUUGUGGGGGGAAUCAUUUUCUAAGAACUUGACAAAACCAAAUUUAAAAAAUCGUAAACUGGAAAUCUGAUAGUGCCCUGACAGAAAAGAUUUCCUGGAAUAAACCUUAUUUGUCAUCUGUUCUUAAGUCAUAAACACAGGAAAUACAGCAUUUCAGGCCAGAAUUAAAUAAUGCAUAACAAGAAUUGUUUUCUCACUUGCCUCUCAGGGCUUUUUAAGUUAUGAUACCCCACAUGGUAAAGAUCCUGUGUUGUGGUACAUUGGCAUUAUAUACAUUAAAUUCAGUAUUUACAUUUUCCUUCCAUCAUCCUUGAAAAAUACAUACCACAACAUGGAGGUUUAAAUAUCCAUUACCUUCCUCUCUCCACCUUUAGCCACUCAGGCAGCCUGAACAUAGUCCAGGAAAAAAUACUCUGAUAACUUAAAUUGUGUGGAUAAUAGUCAAAGAUGGCUUUAUUUGUUAUCUUUAACACAGACUCCUCUGCUAGGCUAAAUGAUCUGACAUCAGAGGAAUUAGAAUUCUGUGUGGACUUUCCCUUAAUGGCUAAGUGAAAUGUGAAUGGGUUUCUCUGAACAGCAGUCAGAUACAGUUUAACAGCAGACACAGAGCUCAUGGGUAUCGCAAUGUAACCAGUAGCACUUACUAAAGCCUUAUAUGUGCCUUAUUCAUACAGAAACUGUUCAGUAUCCUCAUUCAGGAACCUCCCCACACACUAAGCUCUUACCUGUCCAACCAAAGAAGCUAGAUCUUGAACACGGUGAACUUAUAACACAGAGAGUGUUGGCAACCCCUUUUUUCUUAAAUAUAAGAAUAAAUGUGCUUAGAUUAAGUGAGAGGAUCUGGCAUAAUGUGGAACUCAUUUUGGAAUCAAUAUUUUGGACAAUCAUGCUGAUUUUUUUAACUGCAGUCAUUUGUUCUAAAACCUCAUGUGUCAACGCAGCAUCCUCCAGAGAAAGUGUCCUUGUCCGUUAUUAUUGGUGCCUAAACAGCCUCUGUGUGAGAUGGUAAUGACUGAAUUAAUAGCAUCACUUGAAGGCUUGGGCAGAUUUUAUAAUUUAAAGAACAAAACGUCCCCAAACCGUAGGCACAUGAAAAUGUAUGCCACAGAAUAUCUGAUAUAAUUUCAUCCUGUUCAAGAUCUUUCUCUUUGUGUGGUUUAUGUGUUUGUUUUGUAUGUUUUUGCAAGAAUAAUGAGCUGAAACUGCCUUUUAUAUGAGUAAAGUAAAUAUCCCUCCAGAAUGUUAAGGGAUAUGUCAGUAUAUUUUGGAUACUUUGUGUACAAAAAGAGAACAAACAAAAAAACAGAAAUGAAAUAGUGUUGUAUUUUAUAUAUAAUAGAACAUUUCAAUAUAGUGACAUGUCACUAAUAUAUUUAUUUACUAAUAUAUUUAUCCAUUUUGUCCAGGUUUGAAAGAGUGGUUUCUGUAUAGACUGAAUGUUUAUAUGGGAACAGUGCCAUCACAGAUGUAUCAACCUGUCUUCAUUCCAAUUAUAUGCAAAUAAAUUAUU